AGUCGCCUCAGACGUCACCUCCCGCGGCCAGCACAGCUGCUAGCUGCUAGGCUCAGUCGAGUCACAUCCGAGCAUGAUGGCGGGUCGGCGCGCGUUCUGGCGGUUGGCUGUCCUGCUGCUCGCCCUCGCAGCAGCGCGGGGUCAGGAGACGUACAGGAUAUGCGUGGUGGAGAAGUUCAACAGCACCAAGAAGGCGUCCACGUACUGCACGGUGCUGGACGAGAAGGGCAGCCAGGCUUCGUGCGUGCUGGGCCAGAGCAGGUUAGACUGCUUCAGGAAAAUUACAAAGAAUAAAGCAGACUUCGCAGUUUUCCCAGCAGAAGAUAUUCUCGCCGCGUCGCACUACGGCAGCGAUGAAGUCGCAGUCACAAACAAUAUUAGAGUGUUUUCUAAACAGCCGUUCCAGAUGCAGGUGGCGGCGGUGGUGCGCAAGGCUGCCAACAUCACGUACAUGAGCGACCUGCGCGGACAGAAGUUCUGCCACCCGGGCUACGGCUACAGCACGGACGAUUGGACGCAGGUGAUGGCGCAGUUGUUCGAGCAAGAGGUGGUCCCGCAGAGGUGCGAGCAAGCCCUGACGGUGGCCGAGAACAGGCUCAAGUCGUCGUCGGAGUUCUUCAAGUCCGCGUGCAAGGCCGGUCCGUGGGCGCCCGACCAGGCGGUCGACAGGAGGCUGAAGGAGCGCUACCACAACCUGUGCGCGCUGUGCGACGACCCGGACGCCUGCGCCACCACGGACAAGUACUGGGAGCGGCGCGGCCCGCUAUUCUGCCUCACGGACGGCGUGGGCGACGUGGCGUGGGCGCGCCUCGACGACAUCGACCUGCACUUCGGGAUAUCCAGCCACGUGGAGCCGGUGACGGCGGCCAAGGACUUCAGUCUGCUCUGCCCCGACGGCCGGCAGGAGCCCUUGGACACCCCGCAGCACUGCACCUGGAUGUCGCGUCCGUGGCCGGCCGUAGUCGCGAGGAAAAAAGUCACACAGUCGAUCCAGAAACUGAUAUCGUCUCUUCAAGACGCCAAACCUCACUCGUGGCAAUGGGCGUUGCUUCACCUGGUGGAGUCGUUUAACCAGGAUAUCGUUCCCCUCGACAAAAUUAUGCCCUUGGAGGAUUACUUGCACCAAGCCCCGGGGUUCCUGAAGGCGUACUCGCUGCCCGCCUGCCGGCCGCCGCGCACCGUCCGUGUCUGCACCAGGUCCAACGUGGAGGCGGCCAAGUGCCGCAUGCUGGCGCAGGCCGCGCAGGCGCUGGGCGUGUGGCCCGACCUGGCGUGCGUGCCGGGCGUCUCGGCCGAGGAGUGCGCGCUCUCCGUGCAGGAGGGCAACGCCGACGUCACGGUGACGCUGCCCCAGUGGCAGCACGUCGCGCGCAGAAAAUAUAAACUGAAGCCACUCCUGUUCGAAUUCUCUCCUGACACUUCAGCACUGUACGAAGUCGCAGCGGUCGUGAAGGCAGGCAAAGGAAUCAGAAACAUUCAAGACUUGAAAGGAAAGAAGGCCUGCUUUCCCAGCUACGAUGGCGUAGGGUGGAACACGAUGGUCAGCCUGCUGAAAAACAACGGACUGCUCACGAAGUCGUGCCCGUUUUCUGCGGCUCUCGGAGAGUUCUUCUCUGAGGCCUGCGUGCCCGGGCUCAACGCGACGUCCAACAUGAACUCCUUGUGUCCUUCAGAAAUAAACAACACGUUCGCCGGAGAAGCCGGCGCAUUUAAGUGUCUUGCCAGUGGCAAAGGCGACGUAGCGUUCAUCAGCAUGAACACUGUGAAGAAAUAUACAGAUGGCAACAGCAAAGAGGCGUGGGCAAAAGAUCUGAAGUCGGCAGAAUUCCGUCCCUUGUGUACAAACGGUUCUUCGCCCGCCUGUUUUCUGAGCUGGGCCACACCAGGGCAGGUGAUGGUAUACAGCAACAUCAGCAGUACAAGGCACGAAGAAAUCUACCUCACAUUCCUGACACUGCAAGACUAUUUCGGGAAAAAAAUGAAAACGCCAGGAAUGUUUCAACUGUUCAGUGCGUUCGACAACUACUCCAAUGUACUGUUUCAGGACCGGACGGAGCGGCUGGACACGCUGGCCGGCCUGCAGCGGGAGAAGCCCCUGAGGCACAACUACGAGCGGAUGCUGGAGGCGCUCGCGCCGUGUUCCGGGGCUCUCCCCUCCUCGCUCCCGGCCGCGCUGGUCGCAGCCCUCGCCGCCACGCGCCUGUUCCGGUGAACUGGUCUGCCUUCCGGGGCGACAAGACGGACUAACACUCGGGCUGGAGCCACAAGCACCGCCUGCUGCGACACCUCGACGUGCCGGGAGAAACCCACAGUGUCGGCUCCUGAUGAUGAAAGUACCAUUUUUACCCGAAAAUAAUGCGACCCCAAACUAUUUGAUUAGAUGUUUCUGAAAAAAGACCUUAUGGAGUGGAGAUCACAAAUCAAGUACAUGGCACUUGUAAAUGUUUUUAAUUAGUAGAUUUUAUUUUCUUUACUGGUGCCACUUUCAAUUGGUACAUUUAUUUACACUGCCUCUUUUGAAACACCAAGCCACAGUUAGAAUUUUUAUGACUAGUAGUUCAAAGGCAGCUUUUCAGGAAGCAAAGAAUGUGGUAAUAUAUAAGGGGUUGUCAAUUAAUCACGUGAUGUUUUUUUAGCAAAUUUUUAACCCCCCCUCCCCGUUAGUAAUUUGUGGUGAGGUUUUAGACUACCCCCUCCCCCAAUAAAUCACGUGUAUUUUUUUGGUCCAAAAUAUUUUUAAAAAUGUUAGAAUAUUAUCUUUAAAUAUAGGUAUAAUCUAAUUUAAUUCUGGAAAAUUAAGCACAGUGAUAAAAAUUGUCCAGACACACAUUAAGGUUGCAGGUUUAUUCUCACUGGCAUAAAAAUAAUAAAGGAAAGGGUUUUAUGUGAAAAAACAUAACUUUAUAAUUACGCAUGUAUUCGGCGCCAAAAUCACAGUCUUGUAGCGACUGGCAAGCCGAGCCGGGUGGUUCAUGUUGCGGCGGGCGGGGAUAUUGUUGCCUGGCUACGGCAAGUCAAUGUCACGCGUCGCUUUUCGGUUCAGUAGAAAUCGCGUGAAAAAAAAUAAAUACAUGUGAUAUCUCUCUACACCCCCUUGUGAUAUUUCAUGAUUUACACCCCCCCCCCCCCCCCUUUCGAACCUCACGUGAUUAAUGGAUGAUUCCUAAGUGAAGAGAAGCAGAAGGAACCCAGUGACACUCCAUUUGCACCUUCUCCUUCAUCCUGCAUCGUUCAUCUGUCACACCUGUGCAGAGGUUCAGUAAUCCCUGGACUAAAGUGGCGUAAGUGACUCAGUUACAGGCAGAGUAUGUAGUAUUUCAACUAAGCUGUUCCUAAUGGCAAGAUUCAAGUUUGCAAUUAUAAUGCGACCCUAUAAGUGUCAGCAGUUUUGGUAAAAAUCAUUGCAUUAUUUUCGGGAAAAAAGGUACUUUAUACUGAACUGUUUUGAAGAUACUGUAUAUAUAUUUGUUUAAGUGAGGGAUUUUGUAAUGAGGUUCCUCUGCAUGAAGUCACAGCCAUUCCCAUUGCAACUCACUAACUAGGUAUGCACAAUACAGAGUUUUAAACUAGAAUUCGGAACAUUGCGUAGCUGGUUGGUGGUCCUCAUUCGGUUGAGUCCAGGACCACAGAAAUGCUAAAUUAGUCAGUUUGCCAGAUCACUGAAUGUCAAUAGUUUUAACAGGAAUCCCAAAUGUGAAGAACAACCCGCUAUAAAACUGGUAACAUUGUUACGUUCUUUCAAUGAUUCAUGCAUU